UGUGUGUGUGUGUGGUUUUUAGAGUAUAUAUUUACUAAUCAAUGUGCAAAUUGAUUGAUGCACCAACCGCUGUCCUCCGCCAAUGUUUUUUUCCCCUAGAUUAAUCGAUGCCACGCGGAUCCUCCUCGUCUGAGUCGCCUCAUGCCACCAAGCUUAUUUUAGCGCCCAGCAGGCACGCGACUACUGUGCGAUUGCAGAACUCCGCCUUAACUACUACAUGGUACAUGAUGAAUGAAUGGGCUAUGGGCUAUGUGCUAUGGGCAUGGGCAUGGGCAUGGGGCCACUUCGUCUUCUACGGAGUACGGACCAUUGCCAGGCCGGUCAGGGUCAAAUUCCUCGUUCUAGAAUCCGUUGAUGGUGAUCAGACCGCACGGAGAUAUGCAUGGCCUGUGCCGGAGCACAAUCGUGCCGGAAGAACACCAACAACACCCGGUCCUUCAUCUCUCUCCCUCACUCUUUUUUUUUUUUCCCCCCAACAGAAUAAUACUAACUACUGUGGAGAGAAUCGGAAAAGGAGUGAUCAUGGCAAAAUGUGAUCAGACGGUCUGUGGAUCCUCCUCCAUUCCCUGUGGAGUUGAACUUGGCACCAAUGAUAGGCGAAAACAAACGAAGCGAUGACCGUUGCUGUCAGUGUUCUUGUCCUUGACUCCGUUCACUCCGUUCUGGGGCCUUUUUUUUUUCCCCUGUGUUUUUCUCCCCUAGUGGUGUUUUAUUUUUAUUUUCAUUUUUA